CCUUCUUCUGGUCAAAGACCCAUAUCACCCUGUAUUCAGCCGGGAGGGUUUUGUUGUCUUGGUUCGUCAUCUUACUGGCCACGCGGUGUCUGAGACGAGUCAUGUCUAGCAUCGGCAUGACUAUCCUUGCUGUCCUGUCAGGCGCUGCGUCUCUUGUCCUCAUCGCGGUCAGCACCAACGACGCCAUGAUGUAUAUAGCGGCUUUGGUUGGCGUAUAUGCCCAGGCAACGGGGCCUUUAAUGAGAGGGUUUAUGUCAAGCCUUGCAACGCCAGACCAGCAAGGUGCCGUGUUCAGUGUGAUUGACCUCAGCGAGGUGGUCUCAACUGGAGUGUUUACGAUGGUUGGAGGGCUGCUGUACGAGGUAACACUGGCGAUAUUUCGCGGCUUCGUCUUCAUUGCAUUCGCUGUCGCCCUUCUUGCUGUUGCUGCAGCUCUGUUCAUCGCCAAACGACUCCAUGACCGCAGGGCAGAAUGAAUGACAGAAUGAAGGACGGAGGCGAAGGACGACGAGUGCAUAAAUAUAUACUUUGAGGAAAUAAGAGACGUUUAGAGAACGGGAUAAACGCAAAACCAAA